UCCUCGGCCACCGUACUCCACGUCAUAGGUAAAUAGCAACGGCUAGGCUGCAGGGAACUGCUGGAUACCUACCAUGGCAUUCACUUUGUACUCUCUAAUCCAAGCAGCCAUUCUGUGUAUUAACGCCGUUGCUGUUCUACACGAAGAAAGAUUUCUCAGUAAAAUCGGCUGGGGAGUGGAGCAAAGUGUUGGAGGGUUCGGUGAUGAACCAGGCAUCAAAGUCCAGCUGAUGAACCUGAUCCGCUCCGUGAGGACAGUGAUGAGAGUGCCGCUUAUAGGAGUAAAUUCAGUCUGCAUCGUGCUUCUACUUCUGUUUGGAUGAAGAGCAGUGAAUCAAGUUUGGCCAAACCCGCCUCCUGCCGUCGCUGAGGAACCACUCUGACGAAAAAUAUCUUCCUUCAAAUGGGAUAAAGUCAAUGAUUAGCUAAUUAAUUGUCUUACAAUUUAUUGUCUGAGAUUUUCGCUCACAAAGUUUAUUUAAACUCACAAUUGCUGGUGAUAAGUUGUUAUAAAUGUUGUUUUUUUUUGUAACAAUGUUUAAGAAUAAAAGAGUUUUUCAGAUCAGAAA